GACCACUGGAUUCAACCUUUCAAGCCCUCCCUGCAUCUGUUUGCCAUGCUGACUGCCCCGGAAGCUGCAGAGCAUGCCUGGAAGCAAGAUCUUUUUUAUGAAGGCAAGGGCUUCUGGGGCCACUGCUCUGAAUGUGGCGGGGACCACAUUAAUGUGCAGUCCUAUGUGAAGCAAUGCAAUACCAUCCACAUGGAAAAGGGCAGCUGGAUGAUUUACAAGAACCCCAAUUACUCAGGACACCAGUACUUUUUAAAAACAGGAAAUUAUCCUGACUUGCAGAAGUGGUUCAGUCUCUGCAACACCAUCAGGUCUUGCCAUGUAAUCCUACAACUCCAAGGCCAAGUCUUGGAGCUCACUAAUGAAUGCCCAUCAGACCCAGGCUACAUAUAUCUCCCCGACAUCUGCUCCCUCGAUGUUUUAGGUGGCUCUUGGAUCUUGUAUGAAAUGCCCAGCGAAUGCACCAGAUUCCUUAACUGGGGUGCAGCAAAUGCCAAAAUUGUGUCUUUGCAGAGGCUGGCUGACUUGCACUGA